AAUAAAUAUACAUAUUAAACACUUGUACUAUACAGAAUGUCUUGUGGUAAAAGACCUCUGGUCAAAAAUUGGGACAAGCCUAAAACUCUCAAAGUUAUAAAACCAUCUCGAUAUGAGCAAAACGAAGCCUCCGUCAAAAUGCAUUGGAAGAAUGUUAUACGAAAUUUAGAAGCGUCUUACAAAGAUGAACAGUUUUGGGAAUCACAAUACACAGUGGUUCGUGAUUUACUGGAUCCAAUAAUAUUCCAUAGAAUAACAAAGAUAUUUAAUUUACCAUCGGAAUCUAAGAAAUAUGAACCACCAGACGUCGACGUCACGCCUAUACCUUCGGAACAGUUUUUUGAAAAAUCAGCCACUAUUUUGGAACAACAGGCGCCACCUCGCAGUCGAAUUACCUUUUCUGUAAUCGACUUCCAACGAUCACUUAGCGAGGGAUAUUCGAAGGAGCAGUCGGAUCAUUGGACCGAGACCACUCAUAGGUCGUCUGAGUACAAAAAAAUACGAUCGAAAUCAUCUCUCAGGAGCAAAACAUCAAAACUCUUAAAGACAACCUCCAAAUCAACCACGAGGCUAUUUCCAAAGUUUGCUUCAAAAAUGAGAGUAAAGUCUAAGGACUUGAAUUCACAAGCAUCUACAGAGGAAACACUUCCUGAAUCUGACGAAGACUUAAGAGUACAUCCCAGCGAAAUCGAUGACAAUGUUCCGAUGAAAAUAAAAAAUCCGCAUUUCUAUUUUUUAUACUGUAACGAAAGUGAAGCUGACAUGAUCACGUGGAACUCAAAGUUCAAGCAAAAAGGCUUUGAGGUAUCGGCCUCUGAUCAAUUUAAUAAAAAAGCUGAAAUUGCCACGAAGAAGAUCGCCACUGAAUUUUAUGAAUGGUGGUCUAACCUGGGCACUGGUGAGUAUAAAAGUGAAAUCAAACGUCCGGAAGACAUCGAAGAUCUAUUUCAGGUGUGGUUUGACGAGCAUGCAUCUAGGGGAUUGGUACUUGAUCCUAAAAUUCUUCCUUGUGUUAAUCAAAGUAUUGCUGAUUACGUGGGAGUUCCAAAGGCUUCAUGUCCCAAAGCAUUGAAGAGGCAGAUAAUGUCAGAUAUAAUUGCGGAGAGCAGUCCGGCGCACACAACCGCCUUCGCUACCUGCCUACCGCAACAUAUGAAACACAUUCCUCCAAAGAACAACACCAAGAAGAUCUGGCAAAAUGUUCAGAUACCUGAUGACUUAAAAACCAUGUCCUGUGUUUGGUCCGAAAUACAACAUUUGACUUCCACAAAGACAUUCUACAACUGGUUGAAACAGAGGCCUCAUAUGCCGAUGCCGCCUUGCCUUGAAUCUCUAGACCAGUCUGGAGAAAAGAAACAGUUAUUCGUUGUUCCUUCAGACUUCGUGGUGAAGGAGAAAUCGUCCACAUCUAUUGUACAAGAAUUAGCAUUCCCCGUUUCCGAAUUUACAUUGGAAUUGAAGGAAGAAUUGAGCAAGAUUUUGAACGAAUAG